UCCAGGUGGAAAAAAAAAAGUGAGGGUGUAAAAGCAACACAGUAAAAGACAUUUCCUCAAAUGUGCAUCAAGAUGGAAACCUUUUGCCUCAGGGCAUCCUUUUGGCUGGCCCUGGUUGGAUAUGUAAUCAGCGAUAAUCCUGAAGGAUACAGCACAAAUCUCAGCAAUCAUGUGGACGAUUUCACCACUUUUCCUGGCACAGAGCUCAAUUUCCUGGUUACCACUCACCGACCCACUAAUUUGGUCCUACCCAGCAAUGGUUCAACGCACAGCUAUUGCCCACAGCAGACUAAAAUUACUUCAGCUUUCAAAUACAUUAACACUGUGAUAUCUUGUACUAUUUUCAUCGUGGGAAUGGUGGGGAAUGCAACCCUGCUCAGGAUCAUUUACCAGAACAAGUGUAUGAGGAAUGGCCCCAACGCACUGAUAGCCAGCCUUGCCCUUGGAGACCUUAUCUAUGUGGUCAUUGAUCUCCCUAUCAAUGUAUUUAAGCUGCUGGCUGGGCACUGGCCUUUUGAUCACAAUGACUUUGGCGUAUUUCUUUGCAAGCUGUUCCCCUUUUUGCAGAAGUCCUCUGUGGGGAUCACCGUCCUCAAUCUCUGUGCUCUUAGCGUCGACAGGUACAGAGCAGUUGCCUCCUGGAGUCGUGUUCAGGGAAUUGGGAUUCCCUUGAUUACUGCCAUUGAAAUUGUCUCCAUCUGGGUCCUUUCCUUUAUCCUGGCCAUCCCUGAAGCUAUCGGCUUCGUCAUGGUGCCCUUUGAAUACAGGGGUGAACAGCACAAGACCUGUAUGCUCAAUGCCACAUCAAAAUUCAUGGAGUUCUACCAAGAUGUAAAGGACUGGUGGCUCUUUGGGUUCUAUUUCUGCAUGCCCUUGGUGUGCACUGCGAUCUUCUAUACCCUCAUGACUUGUGAGAUGUUAAACAGAAGGAAUGGCAGCUUGAGAAUCGCCCUCAGUGAACAUCUUAAACAGCGUCGAGAAGUGGCAAAAACUGUUUUCUGCUUGGUCGUAAUUUUUGCUCUUUGCUGGUUCCCUCUUCAUUUAAGCCGUAUUUUGAAGAAAACCGUGUAUGAUGAGAUGGACAAGAACCGAUGCGAAUUACUUAGUUUCUUGCUGCUCAUGGAUUACAUCGGUAUUAACUUGGCAACCAUGAAUUCAUGUAUCAACCCAAUAGCUCUAUAUUUUGUGAGCAAGAAAUUUAAAAAUUGUUUCCAGUCCUGCCUCUGUUGCUGCUGUUACCAGUCCAAAAGUCUGAUGACCUCGGUUCCCAUGAACGGAACAAGCAUCCAGUGGAAGAACCACGACCAAAACAACCACAAUACUGAUAGGAGCAGCCAUAAGGACAGUAUUAACUAACCAUUUUAAGAAACAUUAAUCAAUAUUCCUUCCAAUCCUAUCAAAGAAAAAAAAUCACACAGCAACUGUGUCUCCAGAAAUCUCUUCUAUGAUCCUUCUUAACUCAGUCCCACCCGUGGAAAAAAAAAUUGUCUUCUGAAACAGCAGAGGGUGGACUGGUAUAUACCCACAAAGUCUAUGAAUCUGGUUUCUGCAAUUUAUCUAAAUUACAUAGUCUGCAUGUUAUAUUAACCACUAGAAAUGGUGGGAGUUGGGGAGAACAGAGACUGUUAAAUGAAACCAGAAGGAAAUUUAUUACUUUUGCAUGAAAAUAGAGUUUUCAAGUACAUGACUAGCUUUCAUGAGUUCUAUCAAAUGUUCAAUGAGAACUGGUCACCAUGGAAGUUUAGAGAUUAUGACAAGAUUUUCUAUUUUUUUAAGUGAUUUUGGGGGGGGGAUCAAACACACUAUGGGUUUAAGCCACCUUUAUUUGGAAUAUUAUCCGGUGCCAAUAUUUUUAAUUGCAUAAAUAAUCUAAAAUUGAGUAUUUGAGUUUAUUUACAUAUAUUUUGCAAAAGAAAAAAGCAGUAUUUAGGUGAGUAACUAGGUUAAUGUUUCUCAUGUCACUAUUUUAUUUUUAAAACAUAAAUUCUAAAGCUACAACAAAUACAGAUACUUAAAGCAGAGUGACAACCACAUAUGGCAGUUUAAUAGUUGCUAUUCAAAGAAUUUUUAAGAACCUAUAUUUUCUUUUUAUAAUGGUGUUUUGUUACAGGAAAUCACGAACAUAUUUUUUAUGUUAAGCUCAAAAAUAAUGAUUGGGUUAAAAAAUUCUAUUUUUCAGAAGCUCAAUCUUUUUUAAUGUUAAGUUUUGAUGUAAAAUCAGUAUCAUGUACCAAAUUUGAAAUGUGUGUGUCAUUUAACUAUGCCUAGUACUUUCUGUGAAAUGUAUAGAAAUAUAAAGCAUACCUAAGAGAUUGAAUAUUUUUAGAAAAUUUGGAAAUAUUCACUGAGUUUUUUUGUAAUAGUGACAUAUGUGUAUGUAUAUGCGUGUAUAUACACAU